GCAUCCACAACAUACGCAUCAGAUAAUGCAACCAAUGAAACUGGUAGGGCUAGACGGCAUCCUCUCAGCCUCGCCCAAUUGUAUCAUUUUAAACGAAAUCAGAGGCUUAGACACGCAAAAAAAUUUAAUCACCCGACGGGGGAACCUGCCUGCUAGCAUCAAUCAAAUUGCGACAAUUCUUUAUGGUUGCAUCGCAAACAAGGAGACAAUAACGAGCAAGAAAGAAAUGGCUGAAACGACGACAGAGGAUGUUUAUGAUGAUGCUUACGAGGAGAAAACGGGCUCGAGUCCUCCAGUGAAAAUCGUAUGGAUAAACGUUAUAUUAAUGUCUCUUUUGCACCUAGGAGCUCUUUAUGGUCUGAUGAUUCUUCCAUCUGUCUCAUCUUUAACGCUGAUAUGGAUGGGAGUGUGUUUCAUGCUAAGCGCUCUAGGAAUAACCGCUGGCGCCCAUCGCCUUUGGAGCCACAGGUCCUACAAAGCAUCAUUGCCACUACGAAUGUUCCUAGCAAUUGGAAACUCCAUGGCUUUUCAGAAUGAUAUCUAUGAGUGGGCCAGAGACCAUCGUGUCCAUCACAAGUUUUCAGAGACUCAUGCAGACCCACACAAUGCCCACAGAGGAUUCUUCUUCGCUCACAUCGGCUGGCUGCUGGUCCGCAAACACCCAGAAGUUAUUGAGAAAGGACGCAAACUGGAGCUCGCUGAUCUAAAAGCAGAUGGGGUUGUUAUGUUUCAGAGGAGGCAUUACAAGUUAUCUGUGGUGGUGAUGUGCUUUCUCAUUCCCACGUUUGUACCUUGGUUCUUUUGGAACGAGAGCCUUUUGAUCAGUUACUUAGUUCCUUGUGUGUUUAGAUACACUGUGUCCCUUAAUGCGACCUGGCUGGUCAACAGUGCUGCUCACAUGUGGGGAAUGAGGCCUUAUGACCACAACAUCAAUCCCAGAGAGAACAAGUUUGUUGCCUUCAGUGCCAUCGGUGAAGGAUUUCACAAUUAUCAUCACACAUUCCCCCAUGAUUACGCUGCAAGUGAGUUUGGCAGUCAGCUGAAUUUGACCAAGGCUUUUAUAGAUCUCAUGUGCUUUUUUGGAUUGGCCAAGGAUUGCAGGAGGGUAAAUCAUGAGACCAUCAUGGCCCGCGUCCAACGCACUGGUGAUGGCAGCCACAAAAGUGGUUGAUUUGUUUAGUACAUAUGACAAAAAAUAAAAUAAAACAAACAAAAAAAAAUUAUAAGGCAACAUAUACAAAAGCAUUUGCAGCAUUUCUUAGUGUGCAAUGAAGAUUGAUCUAUAUACACUCUCAUAUGAAAUAAGAAACUAGAGUGUGUUGGACUAAUGUGUUCUUAAGAAUUCUUUCCUCUUCAUGACAUGUAUUGGACCAUGGGAGAUUAUUUUCAGAGAUGGUAAAGGCCAUGGAUUAGGAGGAUAUUUAUGUCUCAGUCUGCCUCAAGAGACAAUGGUACUUCAAUAGUUAAACAGACAUGUGCCUCAUUACAGCCUUCUCCCAUGAAUAGGUUGACCCAUGUUUUCUCUGGCUAAGCAGUUACUGUUAUGAUUUUAAAACAUCCUUCCAGCGAGCUAUACACGGUGUAAAAUUAAGAGGACAUGCUAUUUAUAUACUGCCACUAUAUUAUAUUUUCUUAGAUGAUUAAAGCUGAUUUCCAUUUGAAACUGAAAUAAAUUUAACAACCACCAAAAUAGUUUUUUAUAGGUCAGUAUAUGUAGUCAAAUAAGACUGUGCCACAGAAAAGUCCAUGGAAAAAUUGUUCUCAAUUGAGCUUAAAUGUCAAUUUAUAUGGUUAGUUCUGGUAAGAAUAUGUUUAUAAAAUAUAAAUUAUUUAAUCUUAUUUAUUUCUAUUGUACAUGCCAAUGCAAAGUUCCUCAGAUCAGUGAUGCUUGUAAUGAGGAAUUCCCUCAAGUAAAAUGAGCAAUUUAUCAGAAAGUUUAUUUCUUAAUCAUUAUUUUCCAUGUUGCAUUGUGCUGGUUUCCUUGGAUUCUUU